UGGUGCUCAUCAGGGCGAAGAAUCUCGAGUGAAAAGUAAUCUUAGUGAAAAGUGAAAAGAUGGCUACUAAAGCCAGAUAUAAAUUAACUGGAUUGCUGUGGAUAACGACGUUAUUUUGUAUCGUAGUUCUUGUCCAAAGCCGUCCGCAAACGGAAACUAAUUUUAUCGAGGCCGGUGCUGAUCCGUCAGAUCGAACAUUGAUUCGCGUCCUGAGAUCAGAAUUUGAUGAAGAAGAAGAGGAUAAGAAAGGUUUAAAAGCAAGAAAACCAAGAAAAGUUGAGCAACAUUUUCCGCCAUUAAAGAAAAGGGCAUCGGAAGAGGAAGAUCAGUUCUUCCAAGCUCUUCUUUCCCGAACACAGGACAAGCCUGUGGAGAAAAGAUCAUACGAAGCACAACCAGAGAAAGAUGAUGUUGGAAUGAACUGGAAAGGAGACUCUAAAAUCUCGGAUGCAGACAAGAAAGAGCUUGAACAUCUUUUCAACAGCAUUGGCAUGGUGGAAGAUGACAAAAGCUCCAAAGGAAAAUUGGAGACCAAACGAUCUACAGGAAACGAUGGUAAAGUUCAGGAUUUAGUGGAAUGGUUGAUGUCCAAACCGCCAAAGGAAUUCCACGAAUCCCUUCGUCAUAUCAUCGACGUUGAACACCAAGUUUCGGAUAUAUUUGCCGCUGGUGACAUAACAACACCGAGUGCAACAGCUUCGGAGACGGUCGUAAACGAACCAACGACCUCUACUGAAACCGUUUCCACUACAUCAUCAGACUCGUCAUCAGUCUCCCCGCCCGUUGCGGGUCAGACGUCUGUGUCUAGUCCAGUUGCUGGUAGUUUCGCAUCGCUACCUGGUCAGCCAGUUUCAGGUUCAUCAGAACCAGUAGCCUCCGUUGUAUCACAGCCUGCAAAUACGCUUGGAUCCCAACCUGCGGUAUCAGGCGUAGCUCAAUCCGCACAUGCAGGUCCACAACCAUUGGCUAACGAUAUGCCCGCAUCAUCGUCAACACAAAACGCACCAUCCCAGGCACCCGGAAAGAAGCCUAAUGUCUAUGCUGAUGUAAUGAAGGCCUCGAAAAUGCUUGCUCAAACUGGACCAGGGCCUAUCCCUAUUGAGGCGAUGAAUUACUUUAACAAGUUUGGAGGCGUUGGAAAUCAAGUACUGCCUGGAACGCCGGGAUACGGUGUUCAGGCUCAGCCCGCAGUUCCGGCCGUACAACAAGCGCCCGCGAUACAACCGCAGCAAAAUCCAGCAGUACCUCAACCUGUUCCUGCACAACCUCAACAAAGUAACGUGCAGCAGUUUAAUCAACAACAACAACAAUAUCCACAACAACAACAGUUGCAACAGCAGCAACAACAACAGCAAUAUAACCAACAAAGAGCUGCGUACCAAUAUCAACAGGACCAAAGACAACAGAAUUAUUAUUAUGACCAUAUGUACAGACCACCCCGACCAUACGUGGGCAAGAAUGGUAACUAUCAUCCUCCAGAACCAAGACCAUAUCCUUUGCAUAAAGAUCAACUUGACAAAUCUACAGGCACGAAAAAGUCCGUAAUUGCUUCAAUUCUCUUCAAACAAAAUUGGUCGGCUGAUUUUGAAAAGAAGAGAUCGACCCGUUAUCGUGUAUUCAAGACGGAAGCAAAACGCGAGUUGGCACGCGUCUUUGAAGCAAAAAAGAACUUUAAAAGUGUGUCCAUUGAGAAAUUAAGAGAGGACAGGGGAAAGGUUGCUGUGACGUUCACAGUUCACUUCAAGAAGAAGACGGAAACACCUCUGAAACCAUUGUAUGAACAAAUAGUGCGGGAUGCCUUAGGAAAUAUGCCAGUGUAUCGGGAUACACUAGUACGAGGAGACAAACAACCAAAAAUGGCGCCCGUAAGAACUGCCACGAAAAUGGAAAAGGCUCAGUCAGAAAAUCCAGCUACCGAGUUUGCGCAAUUCGCCGAUCAAGUUGAUAAAGAGUUGACGGGAGAAAAUCUACCAUUGAACGAGAAGCAUGAAGCUUAUCAAGGUUGUUUCAAGGAUAGAAAACCUCAUCGUGACAUGAAAAAACAUUUCUCCAAGUUCGAGAUGACACCUGAAUGGUGCCUGCACACCUGUAAAAAAGAAGGAUAUCGCUUUGCUGGUGUUCAGUAUUCCUAUCUGUGCUUCUGUGGCAAUAGAUUUGGUAAAUAUGGCCGAGUGCCUGAUUCUGAAUGUAGCAGCCGUUGUUAUGGCGACAAAAAUCGUUUCUGUGGAUCGUUCUGGCAUAAUUCAAUUUAUUCUGUUGAUGGCCAACAUCACGAUGUGGAUGAAUUCUCAGCUCUGCCAGACGAGGAUGAUGAUGAAGAUGAUGAUGAUGAAAACGAUAAGAAGAAACACGAGGACGAGGAGGAGAAAGACGAUGAUAAAUCUGAAAAAGAUGAUGAAAAAGAACAUGCUGAAGUUGCAAAUCAUUUGAUGAAAGCGGCUUCUUCCGCCUUGAAAGCUGCCAAGAAGUUACUGCCAUCAGGAAAAGAUAAACGACAAAUUGAUAGCGAAGAUCUUAUGAAAAAUAAAGAAGAAGCGAAGAAGGCUCUGAAAGCUGUGGAUGAUAUUGUUGAGGAAAAGAGCGUUGAUAAAAGGUCUGCAGAGAAUGCAGAUGGACGAAAUCUUCUCAUGGCUUACCUUGGUAACGUUGGGGGUUAUGACAGAGAAUACAGGUCGGCUGAGGAUGAAAACAAGCCAGUGGAGAAGCUAAAGUUUGAAUACAAACGUGAAAUUAUUGACGAGGAAGGAGACGGGGAGUUUAUAUCAAAGCCUACAGAUGGGAAAAAAUUAACACGAAGUCGGCGGUCUUUGGAAUCCGAAGACUUUGAUGGUCGUAAGAAGAUGGCGUCGAGAGCAAUGGCGGACAGCAGUGACGCUACUAACCCAAAGACUGCAUUCGCUGAACCGUCGCGACGAGAGCUACUAACGAAGGAUAUGUCAGAUAAAGAAGUGUCAAGACACAGUCGUGAUGUUGACGACGAGGAAGAAGAAAAAGAGGACAGAGAAAUGUUGAGAAGAAGAAAAUCAAAAACAACCGAAAAGAGAAGCGUCGCUUUUGACAAGAGUUUGUAUCACGACAAAGUCCAAGAAGGAAUCGAGAACGUUAUUGGCGGUGUUAUUGACGUCAUGAAGGAGUCAACUUCGAUUGGUUCAUUCAAAGAAGAUAUCGAGAAACUGGCCACAGAUGUUGCUAACGGACUGGCCAUUCCACCAGAGCAAAAAGAUCAGGUGACCAGCGAAAUACGGAAAGAUAUUAAAGAGACUGGCACUAGCAGCGUGAACAACCUCAUAACGACAAUCCGCACGGAACUUAACGAAUACGGAGAAAUGCACCCGGCAGUCGGUCCCCAGGCUGAAGAAGCAGCGCAUACUUUCUCAGACUUACCGCUGGACGCAAAUAAAGCGGAAGAGAUAAAGACAAAAAUACGCAAACGAUCAGUUGACGCGAGUGACGAGGGAGAACAGGAAUUCCUAUCUGACAUUCUUCAGGAACAUUUCAAGCUAAACCCUUAGAGAUAAAUGAAGAUUGCUGCCGUUUUUAUACUAACCUCUUAUACUACUCGGGAAGCAAACCAACCCAUGUUACUUCUGAGAGAGACCUUAGACACUAGACAAGCGGACUAAAUUUGAGAACCACAAACCACAGCCGCCAGGACAGCGGGACAUAUUCGUUGCUCUAGCAUACAAAACCCUGAUAAAUAUUAUAAUGAUAAUGAUAAACUACAUACUAUCUCUCCCGUAUCGUAAUAGAAAAAUGAAUUUUUGUAAUCAAUGAUAACUUGAAGUAAAAAACAAAAAUAUAUUUGAUGUAACUGGAGGAAUAAUAAACCUGUAUUCGUGCCUGCUUACGGUUAAACAGCGACUGAUCAUAAGCUUGCUAAAAUGAUAGCGAGUUACAACAAAAUUUCUACGAUUGCCUAA